UUUCCGAAAACCCCUAUAUUUUGUUUUAUACGUGUGCUAUUUUGUGGAAACUGUAAUAAAGUUUUAAAUUGAAUUGGCAGUGGUUAUAUUAUUUUAAAAAUGGUUGUCUGCUCUGGUGAACACGGCUUACAAGCGGACAUAAUAUUUCUUAUAGAAGGAACGGCCGUAAACGGUGCAUAUAUAAAUGAUAUUAAAACAAAUUAUAUUAUACCAUCUCUAGAAUAUUUCAAUCAAACUAAAAUGGAAGAUGCCAGUUACUUAUCAGAAAAUGCAAAUUCAGUUUAUGGAAUUGUUAUUUUUUAUGCUGCCGAUUGCCUACCACAACUCAGCACAGAUACAUUUGGUCCAUUCAUAAGUCCUUUGAAACUUUUGGCUGCUAUUGAUAAAUUGGAAAUGAUUGGAGGUAAAGGAGAAUCUCAUUCAAAUAUCGCUGAAGGCUUAGCAACAUCCUUACACUGUUUCGAAGAACUACAACAAAAAAGAGAUACAACUACCCCUGUGCAGAAGCAUUGUAUCCUUAUAUGCAACUCUCCUCCAUAUUCACUUCCUGUUUUGGAAUCUCAUACAUUUUCGGGUAAGACUGCUGAGCAGUUAGCUGGAAUUUUGCAAGAGAGAAAUAUCAACUUUUCUGUUAUUUCACCAAGAAAGAUUCCUUCAUUAUAUAAGCUAUUUGAAAAAGCAGGAGGUGAUUUAAGCUCAUCACAAACGAAAAAUUAUGCAAAAGACCCAAGACAUCUAGUACUAUUGAAAGGUUUCAGUCUCAAAGAAAGGUCUGUUAGCCCUCCACCUGGAGCCUCUACAACCACACCAAAUCAAAUAACAAAUACGGGAAUACCCGCAAUGACUUCUUUGCCAAGUCCACUUCAAGGAAGUGAUAGUCCAAUUCCAGGUACCAGUCAACCUAGCAAUAAUAUUAUGGUCAAUACUACAGUGGGAGUAGGAGCUAAUGUUGGACAAAAUAAUGUAUACAGACCACAAGGAACACAAGGUAUGAAUAUUCCUCCGCAAAAAGGAGUAGGAGUUGUGAAUGUAGCUGGUGGUCGUAUGAUGGGUAAUAAUCAAAUGCCAAUUAUGCAGGUUAACGCUCCUCCAGGAUAUCAUGCUUCAGGUCAUGUAAAUAGAACAUCUCCACAUUGGACAAUGCCUCCGCCAGUCCAACAAGUAAGACCCUAUAUUCCUCAAUCAAAUCAACAGGUUAAUACUACACAAGGUAGUGCUCUUAUUGCUCAGUUGACACAACCUCCGUCGUCAAUAUCUGGAUCCAAUGUUAACCAAUUUGGACAGAUGACAUCAAAUUCGCCCAUUAAUAAAAUAAACGUGCCACCACAAUCAAAUGUACAAACGUCGAUUUCACAAAACCAAACAGGUAUACAAACGUCUAUGGCACAGGUCUCACAGGCGAAUCCUGUUUCUUCUUCUCAAGCCCAGAAUAUGCCACAAGCUGUCCAAGGUCAACCACAACAAAUACGGGAAAGGCAUACCAUUUGGCAAGGUUUAUUGGAAUGGAUAGAAAAGCCAAAAAAUGCUACAGAUCAACAAAAAAUUACCAAGCAUGUUCCCUGUCAGGUGUCUGCCAAUUCCAAAGAUGGUGAACCCGAAUUAAAAGCUGAUGGUUGGCCACAAAAACUUAUAAUGCAACUCAUGCCGAAACAAUUAAUAGGAAAUAUUGGUGGAGCAUAUCUGAAAAAUUCGAAAUCUGUAUUAUUUCAUCCCCAGCCAUGCGAUGCUUUAGAAUCUCUUACAAGAGUUAUGAGUUCUGGAUUCGCUGGAUGUGUGCAUUUCACUAGUGUUCCACCAUGCGAAAUCAAAGUUCUUAUUUUAUUAUAUACGGCAGAUAAAAAAGCUUACUUAGGAUUUAUACCUAAUGAUCAAGUUGCUUUUGUCGAUAGACUUCGGAAAGUUAUUCAGCAACAGAAAUCAACUCAACAAAUGAGACAGGGUGGACCCGGUACUCCUACUGGUAAUCCGCAAGUUGGACAAGUGAGUAAUUCUCCUCAAAUGUCAGGCACGAAUGCUAUAACAUCUCAAAAUGCACCUCAAAACAUGUUAAUAUCUCCAACAAACACAAUUUCAAUGGGAGGUGGUCAGAUGACUCAAAAUGUUAACACAACGUCACAACAAGGACAGGGAAUGGCUGGUAUAAUAAAUCAAAACGUAUCUUCUGGAAAUAUGAGACCCAAUAUUAGGAUGCCCAAUAUACAACCAGGAAAUACAAAUCAGUCAAAUAUAAUACAAAAUCCAGUGCAAAGUUCUGCUGAAAAUCAACUUGAGGUUGAAAGGAGACAUAAUUUAGAGAAAAUUAAUCAACUUAAACAAACACUGGAAGCUGCACAACAACAAGAAAGGCAAUAUAAAAGCCAGUUGGAGAGAAUAAGUCAUAUGAAAACUUCUCAAUUAGAGCAAGCUUUACAAGCAGCACAACAAACAGAAAUGCAUUAUAAAAUGCUGGAAAAUCAGCAAAGACAACAGAUAGCUGCACAAAAUGUUCAAUCUACACCUCAGGCAGCCACAUCACAACCUCAACAGAGGCUUAUGCGACCGGUUAUGUCAAAUAAUCCUGGAUUAAGACAUCUUUUGCAGCAACAACCUCAAUACAGACAGUUAAUAAACGUGCAACAGAUGCCGGGCAGUGGCUCCAGAACUCAAAUGGGCCAGCAGUUGCAAAACCCAGCUGGAUCACAACAAACUAAUUUCGAUGAAGUUGGAAGCUUCGAUUUUAAUAAUAUUAUUUAAUUAUAUGUUUAAGUAUAAAUAUAUUUAUUAUUGUAAUCCCCGUAUUCCAUUGUUGAUAAGUAGAUUUUUGCUUGACAAAAAACUAUAACACGUACUUUCCUCCGAUAUAGUAUGAAAAUAUUCCAAGCUAAUUCGAUUUUUUUUAAAUCAAUUAGGCAACAUUUUAUUGUGUACAGAUAAAAAUGGUUACAUGAACAAGGAGAGCAGGAGGAGAUACGUUGAGUAUCAGAUCAGUAUGGACCGGACAAAAGAAAUAAUAACCGACGUGAUUAAACUGUACAAAGAAAGGCCUUAUAUAUUGAAAAUAAAGGAUAAAACGUACCUAAAUAAAAAUCUACCUAAUAAUUCAUCAAAGUUUCAAGUACGCAUUUGUACUUUCAUGUACCCUUUCAUGAUCGCAAAGUUUUUGAGGUAAGCACAUGUUUCCAUAUUGAUUUCUUUCUUGUACCCAUUCUGUUCUGUUUCUUUUUAUUUAUUUUAAGUAUUUCUACCAUGCACAAACCCAAUGGUGUCACUCUUUUUUUCUUCUCCAUUUUCAAGAUUUUCACACCACUGUCCUCAUGAUGUGCUUUUCCGUUCGUUAGGAUUUUAAACAAUUAUAAAUAUCUGACCGGCCGUCCAGACCUCUCAAAAUCUGACAGAUUAUACCAUUAACUAACAGAUUCGUCAUCUCACACAUCUGAUCUGGCAGUGCGAAGUAAGACUAGAUAUUUAUGUUAAUGGGUGAUAACUGUAAGGUGGAAUAAGAAAUAAGGACGAAGGGAUAGAUCGUUCCAAAAUUCCCUCUGUGCAUUCCUAGUUAUUGUGAUGCUGUUAAAUUAUGUGAUUUAAUAUAGUCAAUUUGUGUUUAAGUGGAUAUUAUUUAUAUUGAAUUUCAUGUCACGAUAAUGUAUCAGACUCUUGCAUAGUUGGUCAGCACAAAUAUAUUUUAAAUUUCUCAUAGCAAGUUUUAAAGACUACUUUGUUAUAAAAUACCUUACCCAUAAUAUU